CUUACAAACACGAUGUAAAACAAUAUCCUUAGAAUCCGGUUUGAAAAAAAAAAUAUAUAUAUAUCUGAGGAGGGUAGAAAUUUUCAUCUGUUAUUUUACCCUGCCAUGAAAAUCGGAUACUGUCCUGUCGAUAGGGAGUUUGCGAAAUUAUGCCAAGUGUAGGGAAUCGGAAAAAGUAGAGCAAGCACCGUGCACGGCCUCGUUUUCCACGUUCGGGAAAAUUGUUGUUUGUUGUUUGUAUAAGAAGGGAAAAAGUGCGAAAUUCAAUGUGUGUUGGUUUCACAACUUGACCUGCCUCUCUCAGUGCUACUUUAUUAUAGAUGGCAUGUGUGUGUAUAAUAUUUAUGGUAAAUAGUUGGAAAAAGUUCGCUUGAAUGAUGGAUACAACUUUUCCAUCCCGUUUCCAUGUAAUGCGGUCGUGUCGCGUUUGUUACGGGUGAAAGUCUGAUUUUUCCAUCGGCUCGGAAUACUGUGCGCUCCAUCAGCUGUUCCGCUCCGUAAUUUUCUUCUUCAGUUGAUUCCCUCGGAUUCUUUCUUAGGAUAAUCGUAUUGCGAAUUAAUACAAAAUGCUUAUUGGAAUUAGAAUAUUCGCCACAUGGAUUAUAUUCCUCACUAGUGGAUACCAGUCUAAGGCUCAGUUGCCGACUGAAAAGAUACCGCUCGGUGCUAUAUUCGAACAAGGAACGGACGAAGUGCAGUCCGCCUUUAAAUACGCCAUGCUUAACCAUAAUCUGAAUGUGACUCUGCGGAGGUUCGAGCUGCAAGCAUAUGUGGACGUGAUAAACACCGCGGAUGCAUUCAAGCUGUCGCGCCUCAUUUGUAACCAAUUUUCAAGAGGAGUCUAUUCGAUGUUAGGCGCUGUUUCGCCCGACUCCUUCGAUACGCUACACUCGUACAGCAACACCUUCCAGAUGCCUUUCGUGACACCUUGGUUCCCUGAAAAAGUCCUGACUCCGUCGUCUGGCUUUUUAGAUUUUGCGAUUAGCAUGCGGCCGGAUUAUCAUCAAGCCAUCAUUGAUACCAUACAGUUUUAUGGCUGGGAUAGGAUUAUUUACUUGUACGACUCACACGAUGGAUUGCUUCGGUUGCAGCAAAUUUAUCAAGGCCUAAAGCCCGGAAAUGAGUCCUUUCAGGUCGAGAUGGUUAAAAGGAUUGCCAACGUAACAAUGGCCAUAGAAUUUCUCCGGACGUUGGAGGACUUAAAUCGAUGGUCAAAGAAGUACAUUGUCCUCGACUGCCCCACAGACAUGGCCAAAGAAAUUGUUGUUAGUCACGUUCGGGAUAUGUCUUUAGGUCGGAGAACCUAUCAUUAUUUGCUGAGCGGUCUCGUCAUGGACGAUAGAUGGGAGAGUGAAGUUAUAGAAUAUGGUGCUAUUAAUAUCACAGGCUUCCGGAUUGUGGACACAUCUCGACGCUUUGUCCGAGAUUUCUUCGAUGGCUGGAAACGCCUGGAUCCGGUUACCUCGGUCGGGGCCGGAAAGGAAUCCAUAUCAGCGCAAGCAGCAUUGAUGUAUGAUGCCGUUUUCGUGCUAGUCGAAGCUUUCAAUAAAAUCCUGCGGAAGAAGCCGGACCAAUUCCGCAGCAAUAUCCAGCAGCGACGUAGCCAACCGUCCAGCAAUUCGACAGGGUUCAGUAUGGCAGUGAGCAGUAAUAAUAACGGAGCCCCAGUGAGUCGAGGACUAGAUUGUAACACGGCCAAAGGAUGGGUCACACCCUGGGAGCAUGGAGAUAAAAUCUCACGAUAUCUUCGAAAAGUGGAGAUAGAAGGACUCACGGGCGAAAUUCGAUUUAGUGAAGACGGUCGACGGCAGAAUUAUACGUUGCACAUAGUCGAGAUGACUGUGAAUAGUGCAAUGGUCAAGGUGGCGGAAUGGUCCGAUGAAACAGGAUUCACCCCCAUUUCAGCUAAAUAUGUCCGGUUGCGACCAAACGUGGAAAUAGAGAAAAAUAAGACUUACAUUGUGACCUCACUUAUCGAAGAGCCAUAUCUUAUGCAGAGGAAAAGCAGACCAGGAGAGGAGUUCGAAGGAAAUGAUCGCUAUGAAGGAUACUGCAAGGAUUUGGCGAAUUUAAUUGCUAAGAAGAUUGGAAUAGUGUAUGAAAUUCGGAUAGUGAAGGAUGGAACGUACGGUGCUGAAAAUCCAAAUGUGAAAGGAGGUUGGGAUGGAAUGGUCGGAGAGUUGGUUCGAAGGGAAGCAGAUAUCGCAAUUGCAGCCAUGACCAUAACAGCUGAACGGGAGCGAGUUAUUGACUUCAGUAAACCAUUCAUGUCGCUCGGUAUUUCGAUAAUGAUUAAAAAACCCAUCAAGCAAACACCAGGAGUGUUCAGUUUUUUGAAUCCACUGUCACAGGAAAUCUGGGUCAGCGUCAUAUUCAGUUAUAUCGGCGUCAGCAUAGUCCUUUUCUUCGUUUCAAGAUUUUCACCGUAUGAAUGGAGACUGAUUCAGAUAACAGGUGAAACCCACGAGCCGAUUGCAACACAAACAACAACAUCAACUACAACUGUAAAUGAAUUCAGCAUCCUGAACUCCUUCUGGUUUGCUUUGGCCGCAUUCAUGCAACAAGGAUGCGAUUUAUCACCCCGAUCAGUAUCUGGACGAAUAGUUGGUGCCGUUUGGUGGUUUUUCACACUAAUCCUGAUUUCUUCAUACACUGCCAACUUGGCAGCCUUCCUAACAGUUGAACGGAUGAUAACACCCAUAAAUUCAGCGGAGGAUUUAGCAACACAAUCUGAGGUCGAAUACGGGACACUCUUGCAUGGAUCAACGUUCGACUUUUUCAGAAGAUCGCAAAUUCCACUGCACACUAAAAUGUGGGAUUAUAUGAAUGCCAGGAAGCAUGUUUUUGUCAGUACCUACGACGAAGGAAUCAGGAGGGUGAGAACGUCGAAAGGAAAGUACGCUUUGCUUGUGGAAUCACCGAAAAAUGACUAUGUGAACGCAAGGGAGCCGUGCGACACGAUGAAGGUGGGCAGGCAUUUGGAUUCAAAGGGAUUCGGAAUUGCCACACCACUCGGCUCGCCAUUAAAAGAUCCAAUUAACUUAGCUGUGUUAUCCUUGAAAGAAAACGGUGAACUAGCGAAACUCAUGAACAAAUGGUGGUACGACAAAACCGAAUGCAACACUCGUGAUAAUCAAGAAACCUCCCACAACGAGCUCUCACUAAGUAAUGUUGCCGGCAUUUUCUACAUUCUCAUCGGAGGCCUCCUAGUAGCCGUGAUAGUGGCCAUAAUUGAAUUCUGCUUCAAAAAUCGCUCGAGUCAGCCGCAGCAAAAUCGCAACGCCCUAACAGAUGCCAUGCACUCAAAAACCAAACUUUCAAUACAAACCGGCCGUGAAUAUGACAACGGACGUGUCGGGUACUAUCCGACGUCCCAACUAAGUGCACCAAGCGAAACUGAGACCCUUCACAUGAAUGCCCAUACACAGGUUUGACGCGAGCAUGCGCAGGAUUCGCGUUUAUGACGAACACCCUGCGCACCAACAAUUCGACGAAUUAUGGCCAACAGCCGUCAGGAAACUGAAAAGAUAAUAAGCCACGAAAAUCUGGCGCAUCAGAAUAAUACGCUAACUCGUAAUACAACAGCAUCACCCUACGUGGGGAAUACUUAAACCAAAAGAUAGAAAACAAGACAGAAACUGUAGGGAUUAGUAAGUUGAUUCUAAACGUUAAGGAACAUCGAUUGUUGAUUCGAUUUAGUAGCUAAGUAUCUUUAAAAUCCAUAUCUGCAGCAGAUAUGUGGAAACUCACAAGACUCAAACAAGCCAUAAUCAACAGCAUCAUUUGUAAUAGUAUUCGAAAAAAAAUCUUCAAUUCAAAUUGGGAUGAGGAGACAGGUCAAACACAAAGAAAUGUAUAGACGCGCUGCCAAAUGAUAACUUAGACUUAUAACGAGAAAAAAAUGAAUUUUCGAAAUCUAUUUGCUCAACGGCUGUAGGAUAUUUCACUCGAGGAAGUUUGCAACUGAAGUAUUUAAGAUAGCCCAAUCAAAAAUUGUAGAUAGUUUUAGUCGUGAGGUUGGAGUUUUAGUUUGUAUUUUUAAGUUCUAUUAGUUGCAAAAUUUGUGUAGGGAUAUGAGCACGAUAUUGACAAAAUGGUUCUUAAGAUAAGGACUACUACUGGUAUGAUACGUUUUACAAUACUGGCUCAAAAAUCUCAGUGUCAACUACACCCUUAAAAAGAAGUUCCGACGGUCAUUGUAAAGAGAUUAUUUGGUUAGUAUCUACUUUGUACUGGUCAGGUUUUAAUAGCUGUAAGCAAAAGUGUAAGAGUUUGCAACCCUUGCAGUGCAUUGCAUCCCUAGGUACCGCAACUUAUUUGGCCCUCUGUCUUUUUUGGAAUCAAAUACCUUUUCUUUCCUCGAAUCCAAAGAUGAAAAACACUGAGUUCUCGGCUUAGAUUGUUCGGCUAUUUACGGUUCCAGUUCACCAACCCGAACAACUAGCGUGAAAGGAUAGAUUUUGAGAGGUUCCUACCUAAAGGCCUAACUACAUAACUACGCCUAACCAUUAGCCUAUGUAUAAUGCAUGUCAGACAUUCUUAA